GCCUAACGCUAGCAUCGUACGACCAGGCCCAUCUAAACAUAAAAAGGAAAAAACUAAUCGUCUGUCGUCUCGUCUCUCUCCUCCUCCACCGCUCUUUAGCUCCGGCGACCACUCCGACCGCCGGACCGCCGACGAGGAGCCGACGCUGCCCCUCCACACCGACCAGCCUUCUCGAUCCAGCUGCUCUGUUACUUUCGUACUUCUUGGGGUUUGCGUAUUGAUGGCUAUGUUUGGUGUUGCGGAUGCUUGAAAGUAAUUUUGAGUCUCUUCAGUGUAGUGCAUUCUGGUUGCGCUAGCGUUAUUUGAAGUUGGGGGAGGAAGAAUACGAAAGGAGACAUUGAACGAUUCAGACCCUUUUGUAGGAAUUGAAUUCGAAAGCCAAAGGAGCAGGCCCCCAAUGAGAAACAGUUGAUAAAAUACGCAAAAGCACUUGGGCUAGCUGUUUCUGAGCUCCAUUGUCGAUGAUAAGCAAGAAUUUGUGUUAAAGGGGGGAAAUUUAGGACUGGGGGGUUAUGCUCUUGGUGUGAAAUAGAAUGAACUGGGGCUCCGCCUUUGUGUUCUGCUGCUUCUGGUUGUUGGUGAAAGUUGAUGCGUCGUCUCGCCACCGGCUCCCUCAUGAUCCCUGCGACCUCAGCUUCCAGAGGAGGCCGGAAUCGUUGAGAUCGGACCAGAUGACGGUCCUGAUCAACGGCUACUCCGAGUCCCGCAUUCCCCUCCUCCUCUCCAUUGCCGCCUCCUACUCUGCAUCACCUGUCGUGGCAGCGGUGCUUGUCUUGUGGGGGAACCUGCGUACUCCACCUUGGCUCCUCUCCGAGCUCUCCCGCAACCUGUCGGCCGCUUCUCUUGGCACCGCUCAGAUCUCUCUGGUCCCACAAUCCUCGAGCAGCCUCAAUGCCAGGUUCCUUCCUCGGCCGCUCGCGAUCGAGACACGGGCCGUGCUGAUAUGUGACGACGACGUGGAGGUGGAUGCCAAGUCUGUGGAGUUCGCGUUCAGGGUGUGGGGGUCGAACCCGGACCGUAUAGUGGGGAUGUUUGGGAGGUCCCACGACAUGGACCUGGUCAGGAAGCAGUGGAUCUACACGGUGCACCCAGACAGAUAUUCAAUAGUCCUCACCAAGUUCAUGCUGCUGAAGACCCAGUACCUGUUCAGCUACAGCUGUGGCAGUGGGCCGGUGGGGGCGAGGAUGAGGAAAGUGGUGGACGAGAUGGCUAACUGUGAGGACAUACUCAUGAACUUUGUGGUGGCCGAUGAGAUCAAUGCAGGUCCUGUCCUGGUUGGGGCAGAGAGGGUCAGGGAUUACGGGGAUGCAAGGAACGAAGGAGGCAGCAGCGAGAAAAGGGAUGAGGUGAGAGAUGCAGGGCUAAGCAGAAGGAGGGGAGAGCACAGGAAGAGGCGAGGGCACUGCAUAAGAGAGUUCCACAAGGCGAUGGGGAGGAUGCCAUUGAGGUACUCCCAUGGCAAGAUGGUAAACUCGGUCGGAGAGCAAGGGCUGUGCAUCAAAGGUGGCAAGCUUGUCUUCUGUGAUCAAUUCCUCAGUUGAAGAUGACCAUGGAAAUUGCCAAGAUGCCCAAAGGACAGGGAAAAAUUAAAAUAAAGAUACUAUCUGUAGCUGUCAAGCUUAGCAUUCCCAACUUGGGAUGUAUGACCAACAUCAUCACCCAUAUCCCCAGGAAGCAAAGUUGAUAACAAAACGAAGAGACGCAAUGAGCAUACAGAACUUGCCAGUAGCAGUCUCUUCAUCGAUGGGGAAAUAAGUCGUUGACUGAUGCUGAUCCUGUGACUGUUUGUUGUACGAACCAUUCAACAGAACAAAAUGGUUGAGACAGAAAGCAAUACCAAUGAAGCGACGACAAUCAGCAUACAAGCAGCAAAACAUACAAUACUGUUCUUGACUACCCAUAAUUAGAUCAAUUAGUUUUACAUCAAGGAUGGUUCAGACUUUGUUCAUUAUAAUAUUUUAAGCAGGUAAAUUAUCAGAAUACCAUUUCGUCAGUGGUACUACAUUUAUCUCACUUUCUAUGAUUUCCUGCAACUUUGCUUC